UGCGGGAGAACUCCCCUCAAGUUCGUCGACAAAGAGCUCUCAUUUUAGCCAAGGACCCUAGUUCAACCAAUCGUAUGAAUGUUAUUAGCGCUCUGCAGGUCAUACAUGUUAAACUGAAACAACGACAGCCUACGGCAGCAUGGACAACUCACCCCUUCUGCCACGACCGAUACACAUAGACUCGUCGAAACUGCAGAAAGGGCAACGCGGAGGAGACAAAGUACCAGUUGAUGACAUCCAUAAAAACAGAGUAACUUAUUUGAUAACCGUGCAUUCUCCUGCUGACUCACUCUUUGCCAGAUUUCAAGGCUUGAGGGAACGCUUUGAUCAAGUCGUAGGGUUACACGAGGAGCUCGAGAGAGAUCUUGAGCUUGCAAAUGCACGCAUACGGAAGCUUCAAGCUGAGAACGACUUGCUUCUUGACGCUAUCAAUCUCACAGUGCCAGCAACACCUUCCCUCAUGCAUCUUACGCGUCCCUCACCGACACUAUAUUCACACUCUGUUGCACCUCCAGCGGCGCCGCCUCCACCUCACCACAUAAAUGGGCACAGUGUUCCUCAUGCUAAUGGGAGGUAUCGCCCAGUAGAUGUACGCUCACAAGUUAUCCCUCAUCAUCGUCAUCUCUGACCACAUGAUAUCACAACUUCGGAGCGGGAUCGUGAUCGUGAUUACCGAGAUAUUCCUCCUGAAACCACAGCGAACGGACGCUUGUGAAUACGAGCCAAAUGCGUGACCUUCGAUCAGAACCUGUUCGCAAGCCCAACAUUUUGUUGCGCUCGUCUUCGUGCGUUUUUACCUCGCUAUUAUUGCAACUUGUACCUUUAUAUGCCAAACAUAUGAUUCACUCUGAUUGGCUAACAAAGUCUGCCGGGUCUCGAUCUCCCCUUAUUUGGAACAUAAUGCUUCCUGCCGGUACAGGAAUAAGACCUAAUAUAUUACUUAUUCGCCU